GCGCUCAAUCUCUCUCCCGAUCCAUCGAGAGCCCCCGCGUUGUUUUGACGCUCCCACCUGUCCCCCGCCCCAAAACCAAAAUCCCAAAAUCCCUCCCAAAUCACAAACCUAAUUCCCUCCCCCCCAUCUCUCUCUCUCUUUCUUUCUCUCUAGAGCGGUCAUCCUCGAUAGCAUGAGGAAGCGAGAGAAGCGUACCGCUAGCCAGCGCGGCGGCGGCGGCGAGACCCAGUCGUCUUCCCAGGCGGCGGCGGCGGCGGCGGCGGAGCAGGAGCAGCAGCAAUCCACGAAGACGACGACCGCCCGGGCCAACAAGCGUGUCAAGGCGGCGAAGCCGGACGGCGACCCCGAGUACUUCGAGGAUAAGCGCAACUUGGAAGAUUUGUGGAAAGCUGCCUUUCCUGUGGGGACAGAGUGGGAUCAAUUGGACACAGUGUACCAGAUAAGCUGGGAUUUCUCUAAUCUUGAAAAUGCUUUUGAGGAGGGUGGGAAGUUGUACGGCAAGAAAGUUUAUCUCUUUGGAUGUACAGAACCUCAGUUGGUCUUUUAUAAGGGCCAGUCCAAGAUUAUGUAUAUCCCUGCCAUUGUUGCUGUUGUAUCUCCUUUUCCACCAUCUGAUAAGAUUGGAAUUAAGUCGGUUCAAAGGGAGGUUGAAGAAAUAAUUCCAAUGAAGCAGAUGAAAAUGGAUUGGGUCCCAUAUAUCCCUUUGGAGAAUAGAGCCAGCCGAGUUGAUAGGUUGAAAUCUCAAAUAUUUAUUUUGAGCUGCACGCAGCGAAGGGCUGCUUUGAAGCAUUUGAAGAUUGACCGGGUUAAGCAAUAUGAGUACUGCCUACCUUAUUUUUAUCAGCCAUUCAAGGAGGAUGAGUUUGAACAGAGCACUGAGGUUACAGUUAUGUAUCCAGUAGAACCACCGGUUGUUUGUGAAUUUGACUGGGAGUUGGAUGAACUUGAGGAAUUUACUGAUAAUUUAAUUAAAGAGGAGAUUCUGAGCGAAGAUAAAAAGGAUGAUUUCAAGGAGCAUUUGAAGAAGACAGUUAGAGAGGCAAAGAAAGCUAAUAGAGAGGCAAGGGAAGCUCGCAAAAAGGCCCUUGAAGAAAUGAGUGAGGAAGCUAAGGCCGCAUUCCAAUCAAUGAAGUUCUAUAAAUUUUAUCCUGUGCAAACACCAGAGACCCCAGAUAUAUCCAAUUGUAAGGCUCCUUUCAUAAACAGAUACUAUGGAAAAGCACAUGAGGUUCUCUGAUGCUAUCUAUCUGCAAAAGCAGUGAUCUGGCCUGGAGAUGUUCUGCAUCUCAAUUUGCUGCUCAGCACUAAAAUGAUGAGUUGCUCGACAAUUCUCGUGCACCAACUUGAGGGGGCAGCGCCUCGUGCACUACUCUUUUUGAUCAGUAGAGUAGUUGUCUAAUGGUGUAUCUAUUUAUUAGUUGCCAUUAGAUCUUCAUUUGUUUUUUUUUUUGGCAGAAAUCUUUUAGUUUCUUUUAGUUCCCAGAGGAGUAGCUUGUAACGUGUAUCUCUGAGGCCUAUGUACUUUUAAAGAACAGGGAGCUUUAGGAAAUUCAAAUCCUUCAUUUUGCUUUUCUUCCUUCUCUAGGAUCCAUCUUGGAUCUUUUAUGGACAAUAAAUCAUUCAUGUUCAAUACUGCAACGUUUAAAUACACGGAUAUUAUUUCAUUGUACUAAGAGAAAUUGUUAGGAACUUU